AUGACCGCUGUGGGCAGGAGCAAAAUCAGAAGAGAAAGUAGAAGCGUAACCACGUUUGUAUUGCGUGAAAUUGUACAAUUGCUCGCUUUUGUGGUUUACGAUAUUCAACCGAAAAAUGUUUAUGCAGUUGGCAAAAUACGUAAAUUUUUAAUGAAAAAAGAUACAAAACAAUACAUAUUUGGACUAGUCGGGUACCCUGGUAAGCUGACAGCUGACGGUUCUCUGCCGUGUAUAUUACUCAGUGCGCUGACUCACCCACGGGGCUGCAAACCAUUGCUGGGCUAUUCAGUAGGGAAAUUAAGCAGUGCAGUUAAGCUGUUGCGGGGUCAUCAAAUGCCUCGAUAUCCUCCAGACAGGUGGGAGGAUUACACACCAUUGGGAGUUCCUGUGAAAGGGACUCGAUUACUUCCCAUCAGACUUCCAAUACCACUC